AAGAGAGGCAGCGAGUGGGACAAAGUGAGAGUCAGAUUGAACUGGGAUCGAUUUUGAAACCCUAAAACAGAAACAAAUUGGGGGCAAAAUUAAAGGAGCUUCGUAAUUGGCCACUCGCUCCUCCCCCUCGCGUGUGCGAUCAUCUUCCUUCGCAGUUGCGGAUCGAAGCUUCCUCCUCCUGGUUCCUCCGUAUGUAAUACGGGAAGAGCCAAAGCUUUAUAAUAGCAUAUAAGAUAUCAUGGGAGGUGAUACUGCUCCCUUAUGUUGGAAGAGGAGGAUGUCAUCGUUGUAUUCACAUUGACAAGGCAAUACAAUCUAGUUGGAGCUGUUUGUUAAUAACUUAAUAGUGCUUUGAACUUCCAAAAUGAUGUUUUCCGAUAGCAACCAGUUAAAAUUAAAUAACCUCACCAUGGACAUUGAUCUACGGCUACCUUCUGGUGAGCAUGACAAAGAAGAUGAAGAGCCUCAUGAAAUUGAUAACAUGUUGGAACAUGAAGAAAAAGUGCACAACGGAGAUAUAGAGAAUGGAAACAUUGAGGAUGUUGGAGAUGAAGUACUUGCUGAAGAUGGCGGGGAUUUGAAUUCUCCUACACCAGAUAUUGUAGUGUUUAAAGAGGAUACAAAUCUUGAGCCGCUUUUUGGUAUGGAGUUUGAAUCACAUGGGGAAGCAUACUCUUUUUAUCAGGAGUAUGCUCGGUCUAUGGGGUUCAACACCGCAAUCCAAAACAGCCGCCGUUCAAAGACAUCGAGAGAAUUUAUUGAUGCGAAAUUUGCUUGUUCUAGAUAUGGAACCAAGCGCGAGUAUGACAAGUCGUAUAAUAGACCACGUGCCAGACAGAACAAGCAAGACCCAGAAAAUCCGACUGGUCGGCGUUCAUGUUCAAAGACAGACUGCAAAGCUUCGAUGCAUGUGAAGAGACGACCAGAUGGUAAAUGGGUUAUACAUAAUUUUGUGAAGGAGCAUAACCACGAGCUUUUACCAGCCCAAGCAGUCAGUGAACAGACAAGAAAAAUGUACGCUGCAAUGGCUAGACAAUUUGCUGAAUACAAAAAUGUGGUUGGUCUAAAAAGUGAUUCCAAAAAUCCUUUUGAUAAGGGUAGGAAUUUGGCAUUAGAGGCAGGAGAUUUGAAGAUUUUGCUCGAGUUUUUCACACAGAUGCAGAAUAUGAAUUCCAACUUCUUCUAUUCUAUAGAUCUGGGAGAAGACCAACGGCUGAAGAGUUUGUUUUGGGUUGAUGCUAAAAGUAGGCAUGACUACAUCAAUUUCAGUGAUAUAGUGUCUUUUGAUACUACCUACAUUAGGAACAAAUAUAAAAUGCCUCUUGCUUUAUUUGUUGGAGUGAAUCAACACUAUCAGUUCGUGCUGCUAGGAUGUGCUUUGGUAUCAGAUGAAAGUACAGCAACUUUUUCUUGGCUAAUGCAGACGUGGUUGAAAGCUAUGGGUGGACAAGCUCCAAAAGUAAUAAUCACUGACCAUGACAAGUCGAUAAAAUCAGUUAUCGCAGAGGUCUUUCCAAGUGCUUAUCAUUGUUUUUCUUUGUGGCAUAUUUUGGGGAAGGUUUCUGAAAAUCUUGGCCAUGUGAUUAAACAGCAUGAAAAUUUUAUGGCGAAAUUUGAAAAGUGCAUCCACAGGUCAUCUACAAAUGAAGAGUUUGAAAAAAGAUGGUGGAAAAUUGUUGAGAAAUUUGAACUGAAAGAGGAUGAAUGGACUCAGUUGUUGUAUGAAGAUCGAAAACAGUGGGUACCAAUGUACAUGAGGGAAAUUUGUUUGGCUGGGAUGUCUGCAGUUCAGCGAUCUGAGAGUGUGAACUCCUUUUUUGACAAGUAUGUGCAUAAGAAGACCACUGUUCAAGAAUUCCUGAAACAGUACGAAGCAAUUCUACAAGAUAGGUAUGAUGAGGAAGCCAAAGCAGAUUAUGAUACAUGGAACAAACCUCCAACAUUGAGAUCUCCUUCGCCCUUGGAGAAGAGCGUCUCAGGGCUGUACACACAUGCAGUAUUCAAGAAAAUUCAAGGUGAGGUUUUAGGUGCAGUUGCUUGUCACCCUAAACGGGAAAGACAAGAUGAGACAAGCAUUAUUUUCAACGUGGUAGAUUUUGAAAAGAAUCAAGAUUUCAUCGUAACAUGGAAUGAAAUGAAGACGGAGGUUUCUUGUGUAUGCUGCUUAUUUGAAUAUAAAGGUUAUCUUUGUAGACAUGCAUUGAUUGUUCUCCAAAUAUGUGGCCUAUCUGCAAUCCCAUCACAAUAUGUAUUAAAACGUUGGACAAAAGAUGCAAAGAGCCAGCAUUUUGUGGGAGAAGAAUCCGACAUUGUACUAUCCAGGGUGCAAAAGUUUAAUGAUUUAUGUCAACGGGCAAUGAAAGUGAUUGAGGAAGGAACUCUAUCUCAGGAGAGUUACAGUGUUGCAUGCCGUGCACUAGAAGAAGCUUUUGGAAAUUGUGUGAGUGUAAAUAAUUCUAGUAAGAGUCUGUUAGAAGCUAGCACAUCAGUCACUCAUGGCCUGCUUUGCAUUGAAGAUGAUAACCAAAAUAGAAGUAUGAGCAGCAAGACAAACAAGAAAAAGAAUCCGACGAAGAAAAGAAAGGUGAACUGUGAGCCGGAGGUUAUGACUGUUGGUGCACAAGACGGCUUGCAACAAAUGGAGAAAUUGACCUCAAGAACAGUAACCCUUGAUGGCUAUUAUGGUGCCCAACCGAAUGUGCAAGGAAUGGUACAAUUGAAUCUAAUGGCGCCUACACGGGAUAACUACUAUGGGAAUCAACAGACCAUUCAGGGGCUUGGACAACUGAACUCUAUAGCCCCAAGUCAUGACGGUUAUUACAGUGCUCAGCAAAGCAUGCAUGGGCUGGGACAGAUGGAUUUUUUCAGAACUCCAACUGGUUUUGCUUAUGGAAUUCGGGAUGACCCCAAUGUAAGAACCACUCCAUUGCAUGAGGAUGCAUCCAGACAUGCUUAAGGAACACAUUGCCCAGUGUUGGUAUCUUGCAUGUGAAAAGGUAAAGGAGACCCUUUGAAGAUAAUCUCUAUGUAAAGAAAAGUGAAAUGUAUCAUACCUUGCGGACAGAGGGAUCACGAUGGACAACUUCCUCAUUUGGUACCUGUAAAAUAAGACGAGAGAGUAGGCUGUUGUUAACUAUUUCGUAUGCAGUCUUUUCGGAAGUAGGAUGGAAAUUUGAGAAGGGUUCAUAUCCUCUGUAAAGGAUGUUGUAUUAUUGUACCUCUGAUUGCUUAGCCUCAAUAGGGUCAGUUGAGAUCAGAGUUAACUUAUCUCUAGUCAAAAUUCUAUUGACUGAUUGCUGCUUCUGCUGCGCACAAGCUAACAUAGUGAGGAUGCAAGCAAAAUUGCCAAGUGAAAUUUUCAUAUUUUCACUUUCUAUUUUUUGUUUUGGAUGAA